AUGACACAUGUCAAGACUAAUGUAGUUGGUAUUGAUGUGGAGUAUGCAUUGAUGGACAUCACAUUCGACCAAGAGUUGUAUAUAUAUCAGACUGUUGCAUGUCCAAACCACACAUGUCCAUCACCACCGGCUGUGGACUGCACCUGUGACUACACCGAUCCCAACGCAUGUCCCAAGACAACGUCUGGCGAUUCAUCAUGUCCCAAAUGUCCGGUCAACAAUCCGUUUGGAGUCUCACUCUGUGACUUUGACACUCAGCCCUGGGUAACAAUCACAGCCGAUGAAAUAAUCGAUUUCUCCAACAUCACUGAUCCUGUAUUCAUCAGGUACAAGGCCAACACCAAAUAUUGUGAAGGUCUAAAGCUGUAUAUAUCACAAUCACAGGGCAAUGUUGAGGCACAAUGGUCGACAGAUGGAGACUUUGGAGUAUUCACAAGAUGGAUGGGCUAUGAGACAACGAGUAUUAUAAACUCAAUCAAUGUGUGCCCAACAGAUAAUGAUUAUUACUUGUAUAAUCCAAGUUGGACAAACAACACAUACUUUAUGCGAUUGAUACCCUCACGUCCACCUGCAUACUUCUCGGUUCACAUAGUCUCGGCGACCGUACCCAAGUUGGAUACAUCUGGCGCCCUUCCACGCUGCACCAACCUUACCAGCACACAUAGAUGCAUCAAUGAUGGCGAACAGAUCAAAGGCGAGUUCCCAACCAGGAAUGACAUUCACUUCUUCACCUACAUUGUGGACCGCCCGCAGAUACUCACAAUCUCAUGUCCGUGGUUACAACAGGCCUUGGAGGUGUAUAUCUCGUUGACUAAGGAUAACAUGUUCCCAAGGAAUAGUUCCGCCGACUACUUCCCCGACUACCCCUACGACAAGGAGCUCACACUCACGAUGGGACCACAUGAUGAUGGCACGCCACAAGUGAUGUACAUCUCUUUCGUGCCAUUUUAUCCGACCAACUACUCAUGUGUCUUGACAACGACGCCCACGCGAUGGAAGCGAUCGAUCACUGACAACCCGGCCACGGCCGGAUCAUUCCUUCUGAUGGGCACGGCCGAGCUGUUUGACAUGAAUGGCACCAGAUACCAGAGUCCGAACUGGGCCAAGGCCAACCCGUUCUCCGUGCUAUUCCCUCGUCAACACAUCAAUCCAUUAUGGCCAGUACCUGUGACCGUCGGCACAUCCAACAACCUGUUUAUAAACAUCAACUUCUUUGGAGGGAUGGUGUUUGACGAGGCGUCGAACCCGGCCAAGAACAGAUCGUUCCAAGCAGCAUUCCUCUUAUCGUACAGUGACUACCACGAGACAUCGGUGCAGGGCAAUAUACAAGACAUAGCUCAGUCAUACAUGAUCUUUAAGAACAUGCUGGUGGACAUCUAUGGCGAGACGGUCAAAGGCCCAGUCUCAUUUACCUUUGUCAACACAACCUGCGACUACACUGCCUAUCAAACAGUAUUGGACGAGAUCAAGGCGACAGAGGAGGAGAUAUUUGCCUCCCGAGACUACACCGAAAUGACCACACUCAGGUACACUCUGGACAUCUUCACCUUACGCGAUGGAUGGUACGCAUGCUACUCGCAGGCCAAUGACCUGCUGUCCACGGACACGGUCAACAUGACUAUCCAGUCAACAAAAUGCAGGUAUGAGUUGGAUGAUCCGCGAUGGGCACGCGACCCCUGCUGCAACAAGACCAACAGGUUCUAUCAGUGUUGUGUACCUCGUGAGAUCACCGUAGAAGUUCAAUCAUAUGUGGGAGUGAGGAACAACGAGGUCCGCGAUAAAUGUGCCAGCUAUGACUGCACGUCCUCAGUCUUAGAUGAAUACCAACACACUGUGGGCAGUCUUAACAAUGGCGAGUGCAGCAUCUCGCCAAAUGACUACAAGGCCAUUCAAACAACAUUCGCGCUGGUCUUUAGAUCGUGCUGGAGCAAGGUCUACGACUUUGUCGACUGCGACAACGACUCACAAUGCUCUGGAUACCAGUGCAACAUGUAUACUCGCACUUGUGAACCACCGAUCGCCAAACAAGACUUGGACUACAUUGGAUGUAUCGUCAACAACUCAUUACCAUCGACCAUCUAUUUCCUAAAGUACUCAUUGGGAUUGCAGCGCAUCAAGGACAAUCAGGAGCUGGUCCGCAACAUCUAUGACAUGUUCUUGGACGAUGACUGCCUUUCCGCUUCCGGGCUUUCCUACCGCAGCUACUACAAUUACGCAUCAAACAUGGUGGACACCCAGGUGUACUACCCCUCUCCCAGAUGCUACGAUCAGUACUGUGUGAUCGAGCAUGACUUUGGCUAUGAUGGAGUGUUUGGCGGUUACAGAUUCUAUCAAUACUUCUGGAAUGAGACAGAGUGCGCUGCCAACUCAAUCUGUCAAUCGGCACAAUGUGACUCGGAGGCACCGGGCUGCAUCUCCACAUGUGACACGAGUCCAUUCUGCGGCUAUUGCACGAACAAUCAUUCAUUAUGUCACAACUUCUACGAAAUGAUCACAACUGAAUCAAAGUGCAACACAUCGUCCAACAUGUGUCUGUUGCCCAAUGGUAACUAUAUCCCAGACAUCAGUGAUGAAGAUUGUACUACGAUUGAGGGCACAUGCACCCAGGACUGCGGCCUGGAGUGCACUGGACCCUACACUGGCUGUGUAGCUGCAAGUGUGAUGAACAUAACAGCAUGUAAAGCAUUGUCGAAUGGUGCAUGGCACAAUGACUCGAUGUUCUGUGCGACCUCCGACUCAAAGACCAAGUGUCAACAACUAGGACCCGGAUACACAUGGAUCAACUGUUCAACAAUGUCCACAUCAGAAUGUUUCGCGAGAGUUGGCCCAUUCAUCAAGAACAUCGGUAACAAUCCCGACUAUGUCAAUAUGUGCCAGGUCACACCGAUCAAGUGUCUGACGCGACAAGAGUGCGAGGAUCAUGGAGGCCAGUGCUCGGACUCUUACUUCUUCGACCCUACCAAUGUGUACGUCUAUCCUCAAGGUCUGGGCAAGUGCGUCCACGGACACUUCAAUUAUUUCGAUAACAUGCCGCAGCCACAUUGCAACGUCAAUGAACACGACUCGCCAAUGGGUUGCUACACCUUGAGACCAUCUGUCUUCAACCAGACUGAGUGCGAGGCAGUGCCAGGCGACAAGAGAAUAUGGUGGACACAGGCACGCAACAAGGCUGAAUGUUUGGCCCCCAUGGGCUGUCUGGUGGACGACUUGGGCGACCUCAGCAACGUGUUUGAGUUCAGAUUCAAUGAAAUGAACGAGUCACUGUGCAAUGAGUGCAACAACAACUUCACAAAUCGAUGGACCAACAAGUUCAAGUGGACGCCAGGUCGUUGGCUGCCCGGUGUGCCAAAGAAACCGCAAUGGAUUAAUGGUAGUGUCAUUGUCAGCACGACCGCAUGGCAACCAGCAUUCAAUCUCUCAUCAUUCUCCGUCAGCUUUGGUUAUGCAUUCUAUGGCUACAUGGUGGACCUGCUUCGAUCCUCCGCAAUGUGCCGCAUGGAGCGACUUCAGAACAACAUCCAAUCGAUCUCAUGCAGCUGCUCGGGGCCAGGCGGCAAGGAGUGUUUCGAAUCAUCGGCCUUGAUGCUCGGCUCGACCAGUGCCUGUGCGCAGCAGACGUCUACAUUCACAUUUGGUCAUGGACAUCUAAUAUUCCAUCCAGAGUCAGUGUUCAUAUCUUGUGUCAAUGUGAUCGUGUCACAGAUGAGUCGGCAGUUGUUCAAGGCCACUCCUCAUAUGUCACUAAGCUCGAACUUUGUGUCGUACAAGAAGCCUGAUGACUAUGGAAUCACUAACAGAAAUGGCGCAGUUGUUGGAUCGAUACUUGGCGAUGGUAUCAGACUACAGGCUCGUGGUAUCUCAUCUCUGACCGUCUGCUUGACCGGUGGUAACCCAACACGAGAUUUCACUGUCUAUGACUUUGCUGAACAGGAUGAAGAUUUUCCCGAGAUACUAAGGCCGUUGAAUGUUACUAAUAUGAUGUUGGCAGCCAAUCCAGGAGGACCGACACUGCCUCCACUCAUCUGCGCUAACAUCAGUCUGUCGCCAUCGUAUAACUGGUCACUACUCAUAUCCCAUGAGCCAACAUUCUUCCCAAUCAUACGAGUGGCCAACCAUGACUGGCAAUCAAACAAGAAACAAGUGUUUGAUCAAACUGCCACCAGACUACUCUACGCCCUUGGAGCACUCUUUGGACUCUGUGCACUCUGGGGAUUAUUCCAACUUUGUGUCAUACUUUAUGAUCGAUUCAGGACCAAUCAACCUCGUGUCAGCUUCAGGUUGGUCCACUUGCUCAUUCUGACCAUCACAAUGUUCAUAACGAUUCGGUCGAUAUACUUCCUUAUCCUGCCGUCCGGAAAGCUGGCCGACUCUCAACUUGCGGAUUAUGUGAUGGUUGUGUUGCCAACAUUCAUCUACUUUACUGCAUUCACAGUGAUCAUCGUCAUCUGGUAUAUUAUUGCCAGCUCUCAAUUCCAUAUUAGCUUCAUCUCGCGAUUCAAACUGUUGAUUGGUAUCAUCAACCUUGUGCUCUACAUGAUUUUCGUCAUCAUUGUACUGAUCUUCAACUUUAGUCAAAGAGUGUUGGACAAUGAUUGUGGUGCCAGACGAGUUGUCGAGAUGUCCAGGACCACCCCGCAGCGAAUCGUUUCGAUCUUCUAUGCAGCGGCACAGGCUGCCAUCUCAUUGGUGAUUGGUGCCGCCUUCAUAUACCUUGGCGUGUCGAUACACAUGUUGAUGAGAUUCCGCAUGAAGUCCGACUUGGCUGGUGAGGCCAAGUAUGCCCAACAUUCAAUCAAGAUCACGGUGGUCACAUUAUGUUGCUCAAUUGGAUUCAUACUACAUUGUGCAUUCGUCUUGGUAUUGGUGGCAGCCGAGCCUUCCAACGUCAUAUUCAGCUUCAUAGGUUUGAUCAUCACAGAGAUUAUUCCAACGAUCAGUAUACUAUACGCUUACAAUCAAGGUGUUGGCGUGAUCAAGCUGUGGCCAGGUAGUGGUAGUAGCAAGUCCGACCAGUCUGGCAACAAACUCAAAAGACCAAGGAGAUCCAAGCGCUCAACCAGCGAAACAACCCUCUCAAUCUCCACCGCCAAUCCCUCCCUCAGUACGGCCAAUCCUCAAUCAUCCAAUAACAUCCAAUAA